AUGGUCGACAUCGUACCCCUCUCCUCAUACCCCUCGUACAUGAGCCUACUACCAUCCAUACAAACAUGCAACAUCACCAAUCUCCCCGAAAACUAUUUCUUGAAAUACUACCUCUACCACGCCCUCACAUGGCCGCAACUCAGCUUCGUGGCCGUGGUGCGCUCACCGCGGAAGUCGAAUCGCAACAACAACAACAGUGACUAUAUCCACGACUACCCCAAGGUGGUGGGAUAUGUGCUUGCGAAAAUGGAAGAGGAGCCUUCGGAUGGCGUGGCGCAUGGUCAUAUUACCAGUUUGAGUGUAAUGCGGACUCAUCGACGAUUGGGUGUUGCAGAGCGAUUGAUGAGGAUGAGUCAACGAGCAAUGGCCGAAUCCCAUCGCGCACAUUACGUUUCUCUCCAUGUGCGCGUCUCCAACACAGCCGCCCUCCGCCUAUACCGGGACACGCUGGGUUUCGAAGUGGAGAAAGUCGAGAGCAAAUACUACGCCGAUGGCGAGGAUGCGUAUGCCAUGCGUCGUGACCUCACGCCCCUCUGGCUUGAUUGGUCUGAGGACAAGACAGCAUCGGCCGACAAGACGGCGGCAGAUGGUGCGGGUGAGAAGGACGACGGGUAUGCCGAUGAGGGUGAUGCGGUUGGUGAUUUGGGCGGUAAGAACGAUGAGCCCCAGGAAAAGGAGAAGAUGGUCCGAGUUAAAGUCGGAAGGGGUCUGGGGGUCGGGGACUUGGUGGAGAGGAAUGAAGCGGCGAAUCGAUGA